CGCGCGCGCCCCGUCCUCCAGCAGCGAGGCGGAAGAGGCAAGAUGGCGGCGGCGGCGGGAGCCCCGUGCCGCCUCCGCUCCCCGCGCCCGGCCCCGAGCGGCGGCACCCGGCGGGGCUGAGUCGCCGCACCGGCCCCACCGUCGCCGGUAGGAGCCCUCUCUCCGUCUCCCCGCGCCUCCCCAGCCCCGGGCCAUGCCCGGUUAGCGCCCCCUCCCCCGGCACUCGGCGGGGCCCCGGCUGAGCCCCCUCCUCGCCGCCGCGGGCCGGGCCGGGCCGAGCUCAGCCCGCACACCUCCGCUCUGCCGAGCUCGGGAGGCCCCUCAUGGCCGGACCAGCCCUGCCCCAGCCCUGAUUUACCCGCUCUUUCCCCCCCGAGCCGCGACCCCCUCAUGCCCCCCCCGGGGCCGCCCUGCCCCUGAGCCCCGGAGCAGCAGCCCUUUCCUGGAGGUGGUGGCGCAGGUGUGGGACCAGAAAGAUGUUCUCAGCCCUGAAGAAGCUGGUGGGCUCGGACCAGACUCCGGUCAGAGACAAGAAUAUCCCUGCGGGGCUGCAGUCCAUGAACCAGGCUCUGCAGAGGAGGUUUGCCAAGGGAGUCCAGUAUAACAUGAAAAUUGUCAUCCGAGGGGACAGGAACACUGGGAAAACCACACUCUGGCACCGACUGCAAGGAAAGAAAUUUAUUGAGGAAUAUAUUCCAACUCAGGAGAUCCAAGUCACCAGCAUCCACUGGAAUUAUAAAACCACUGACGAUAUUGUUAAAGUUGAAGUCUGGGAUGUAGUUGACAAAGGAAAAUGCAAAAAACGAGGAGAUGGUUUGAAACUGGAAAAUGACCCUCAGGAGGCAGAGUCAGAAAUGGCUCUGGAUGCAGAGUUCCUAGAUGUCUAUAAAAACUGCAAUGGCGUAGUGAUGAUGUUUGACAUCACCAAACAGUGGACAUUUAACUAUAUUCUGAGGGAGCUUCCUAAAGUGCCGACCCACGUUCCAGUGUGCGUGCUUGGGAAUUACCGAGACAUGGGGGAGCACCGGGUCAUUCUGCCUGGCGAUGUGCGGGACCUCAUCGACAAUCUAAACAGGCCUCCUGGAUCCUCAUAUUUUCGCUAUGCUGAGUCUUCCAUGAAGAACAGCUUUGGCCUCAAGUACCUCCACAAGUUCUUCAACAUCCCCUUCUUGCAGCUGCAGAGGGAGACGUUGCUACGGCAGCUGGAGACGAAUCAGCUGGAUAUUGAUGCAACUUUGGAGGAGCUGUCAGUGCAGCAAGAGACAGAAGAUCAAAACUACGAACUCUUCCUUGAAAUGAUGGAAGCCCGAAGUCGAGGACACGCGUCGCCAUUAACAACUAAUGGGCAAAGCCCUUCCUCUGGCUCCCAGUCACCCAUAGUACCUCCAAGCUCCACAUCGACGGGCAGCUCUAGCCCUGGCACCCCACAGCCACAGCAGCCGCUUUCCACAAGCUCCGCCAUCUCUCCUGAACCCCCCCCAUCUUUUUCACCAGUGCCUGCACCUGAAGCCCAGCAGCCACACGCGCCUCCGCCAGCUACAGCCUCCCCAGCACCUCUGGCUGCAGUCCCACCACCGAAGCGCAGCAUUAUUUCCCGUCUGUUUGGGACAUCUCCUGCAUCAGACCCCUCUCCUCCCCAGCCAGAUCCUGCUGCUGCCACUCCUUCUCCCCACCCUGAAGCUCCUGCAAAAGUACAGAGCGUAGAGGACUUUGUUCCUGAGGACAGCCUGGACCACAGCUUUCUAGAAGACACAGCCCCACAGAAGGACAAAGGGAAACCACAGACUAAACACCGUGUCGAUAGUGAAAGCGAUGGAGAGGCACCUGGGGGGAACCCCAUGGUGGCAGGUUUCCAAGAUGACCUGGAUCUGGAUGACAAAAUCCCCAGCAGACCCAUGCUGGCAGCAGAACGGGUGCCCAGCAAGAACAUUACCCUCUCCAGUGAGGAGGAGGAAGAGGAAGAGGUGAAGGACUCUAAGGUCAUACUCAUACCUGAUGAAGGCAUCGACACAGAGCAGGGAAAAAAAAGGUCUUCCAGAAAUUCUCUGAAACCACAGAGUGAAGCAAUUUUGACCAAAGCAACUGACCCGAAGCCUCCUGACAGUUUACCUCCACGUUCUGGGUCCGAAAGAAACAGCAGCAGCAAGCUCAACGCUAGCCUGCCAGCUGCUGCUGCUGCUACCCCAGCAGCAGUCCAGGCCCCAAAGACCACUUCCCAAAGCAAAGGACAUGCUCUCAAGCAGAAAGUGGUCAAAGAGGAAAAGCCUGAGGACUCUGACAGUGAUCAAGAGGGACCAAUAGCUACUCAGAUGCUCUCGUUUGUUAUGGAUGACCCAGACUUUGAAAGUGAGGAUUCUGACAGCCAGAAGAGGAAAAUGGAUGAAUUCCCGGUCCGGGAAGAUCUCUCUGAAAUAUCUGAUGAUGAUACCUCGUUGGCAAAGCCACCCCAGCCUGUGAAAUCAACAGUCCACUCCUUUAAACUGAAAAAUGACUCGGAUCUCUUUGGCUUGGGUUUGGAAGAAACCGGUCCCAAGGAGAGCAGUGAGGAAGAUAAACAACCUUCCAAGGAGAAAAAGAAGAAGAAAAAGAAAAGCAAAGAGGAAGAGGAGAAGUCUGUGAAAAAGAAGAGCAAACACAAGAAGAGCAAAGAGAAGGAGGAGAGCAAAGAGGAGAAGAAGAAAAAGAAAAAGAAGAGCAAGGAGAAAAACAAUGAGAUAGAUGAACUUGAGGCUUUUCUUGGAGGAGGAGGAGCCAGCAUGGGCAAGCCGCGAGGAGGUGGGGACUAUGAGGAGCUGUAGGCUGGCCGCAUGUACACGCAGCGGACUCUUCUGUCAUGGCUGUCUCCAUCUUUUCUUACGAGUCACACCAGGACAGGUGCAGAUGUGUAAAGCUUUGGCCGUUUGCCAUAUAUUCUCUCAAAACAGAGCUGGCAAAACACAAGCUUUACAUCUGUGUGUGCUAUUCUGGUGCACUUGUUACACACAGAAAAUCCAGCUGAGAUGUACUUGAGUAAGGGGAAGGUUCAGGGCACGGUUCCCAGGCCCGCUUCCAGGCUGUCGUAUUUUCUCCUUCCAGACAUGCCCCGUCGGGUAGCUGGCAGGGUGUGGGAGGCAAAGGGAACCUGCUUCCUGCUCCACCCCUGCUGUAUUCCACUCCUGCACACCUGAAACUCCCGUCUUGCUAAAAGGAGUGCAACAAAACAUGCCGCAUGAACGCAUCGUGCUCGCCUGUCUCAAGUCUUUAACUUUUUAUCCUUCCUAUUUUUUUAAUGAGAAAGGUGAUAUUGGCCAUUGCUCCACCCAGCAGUCGAUGAGCUUUAAAUCGAGCAGAUCAUGCUAUGGUACAGCUCCCUAAAACAGCAGCCGCAGGGCCAGAGUGAGAGAGAAUGUGUGUGAUUUUGGAGUCCUUUGAACGGGACCUUUCUGCACAGCAGCUUAAUUAGCACUCUUUGGUGCUGCUGUUGGAAUUCAUGAAGCCCCAUUGAUUUCCGUGGCCCCGGUGUCUCAGACACUACAUGUAAGCUGCUAUGCAGUUUGGGAAAACAAUGCAAAGUGCAAAGCUAACCUGAAAGAGGGAGAGAAAAAUCAGUGCUUCUCUGCAUUUCCCACCCUUGAAUUUGCAUAUACUAGAAUCCCUUCCCUUCGGUACCUCUCAGGGACAUGACUCUCAUGUGGAAAUGAAGAUAUCCAGAGCUUCAGAACUGUCUAUAGGGAAGUGUUAGCAUGGCAAGGCAUUUGCUUCUCAGGCAUUUUACAGUCACGCUGUAAAACACGGGCUGCCUCUCUAAUGCUGAGAGGGACCACCACUGUAGCGGAGACAGCGUCCUUCCUGGCCCAGCUUCUGUCAAUACUGCAGCUGUGUUUACAGGGCCGAGCUUCCCAGCAGCCAGCGUGCUGCCUUUCCCUACCCUAUCCCAUUCGUGCAGCCUCCUAUGCCAGGAGUUUGGGAAACCUUUUAAUUUUUGCUUUGAACUUAGACCCGUGGAUCAGUGCCUGCUCAGCAGCACCGGUUGCCAUUGGAUGGGCACUACGAGCCAGCCCUUUGCACUUGCCUGUGUCUCAGUGAGCAGCCCCUGUGUUUGAUGGAGCGUGUUAGUUCUCCGUACUCCCUUCUAUUUUGGUUCUGGUGUCCCUUUCGCAGCUCGGACAGUGAAGCUCCCUCGAGGAUGUGUGCAUUACGUUACCCUGUUGCUUGCAGGUUGAUUUGAGGUUUGGUUUUGUUCUCCUCCCCUUUUUGUUGUAAAAUGUCAACCAUGAAAUCCAAACUGGGGUUUCCUUCUACAUCCCUGUAAAGCGAGGUGUUUUUUGAUCCAUUAUCCACUCCAGAGUUGUGUUGAACAGCAGGCAGUUACCUGCUCCAUUUUUCUUUUUCUUUCCCCUAGCCCCCAAAAUGCACUUGUAACUGUUUCCCUAUAAAACAAACUGAUUUUUUUGCUGCAUGAGCAGUAUAUUGUUCAGGUCUGUUUACCAUUAGCAUUUGCCUACUUCUCUGAGCGUUACUACAUUUCGUGUGACACUGUAGGGAAGUGCAUGGGACAGUUCAAACUUUGCACGUCUGGGGAGGAAAAAAUGGAUUGGGACGCGACUGGUUGGUGGCCUCUCUUGUGAAAGGGCAGGCAGGUGUUCGAGCUUCAUCUGGCUGCGUUCCUGAAAGUGCUUCUGUUCUGUGAAGAUUUUUGGGUCAUGUUCCAUUUUGCAUCGAAAAAAAACUUGGUACAGU